UCUAAUCUCUAUAUCCCAUCCACCACAUCUCAACCCAUCACCCUUUCUCUCUCUAACUUUCUCUCUCUAUACUAGAAUGUGGGUUGGGUUUCUUUGUUGGGAUAUUUCUUGAAUUUUGUAAUAAUUUUCAAAAAUAUCACAUGAAAAAUAAAAUUUUAUUUAAAAAAAAUAAAAAUGAAGAAAUAUAGUAACACCUAGAGAGGCUUAUUUUAGCCUUAUUUAGAGGUCUCUUCUCCCCCUCUCUCUCUUCAAAUAAUAUACAGACACUCUUAAUUUCUCUCUCUAAAAACUCCACUCUUUCUCUCUCUACACUCCAAAAAAGUGAAAGUUGUCUGUUGGGUUGCAGCCAAAGGAGGAAGAAGCCAUCAACAAAGAGGCUGCUAGUGCUGCUAUUGCUGCUGUUAGUGCUAUUGAGCAUAUGAAGUGGGUCUGAAAAUACUUAACCUCAAAACUUUAAAAUCUUUCAUCUUUUUAGUUUCUGUCUUUCUUCAUCUGCUUCCUCUUUUUUUUUUUUUUUUACCAGAUUUGGGUUUUCUUUUGUCUUUUUAGAUCAUUACAUAUAGAUCCUUGAAAACCCAACCUUUUUUUUUUUUUUAAAAAAAAGACCCUUAACUUGUUGUUGUAGAUGACAAAAGUAAGAUCCAAAUAAACUAAUUAAUAAAAUUUAUAAGUUUGCAAAAAUCCAGAAAAACAGAAAAUUUUAAUAGAGGAUAAUGAUAAAGCAGCAACAACAAGUAUUUGUUGAAGAAAACAUGUCAAAUUUGACUUCAGCAGCAGCUUCUGGUGAAGCAAGUGUUUCUUCUAGCAAUAAUAGAGGUGAACCUAGUAAUUCUAUUUACCCUCAACAACAUCAUCAGUAUUUUUCACAUCAGCUUAAUCAGUCUGAAGCUGAAGUUGAAGCUGAAGAACAAGCACAACAACCACCUGCUAAGAAGAAAAGAAACCUACCAGGAAACCCAGACCCAGAAGCAGAAGUGAUAGCUUUAUCACCAAAAUCAUUACUAGCAACAAACAGAUUUGUGUGUGAGAUCUGCAACAAAGGUUUUCAAAGAGACCAGAAUUUGCAGCUUCAUAGAAGAGGACAUAAUCUUCCAUGGAAGUUGAAGCAAAGAACAAACAAAGAAGUUAGGAAGAAAGUGUAUGUUUGUCCAGAACCAAGCUGUGUGCACCAUGACCCAUCAAGAGCUUUAGGAGAUUUAACAGGAAUCAAGAAACACUUUUGUAGAAAACAUGGUGAGAAAAAAUGGAAAUGUGAUAAAUGUUCUAAGAGAUAUGCUGUUCAAUCUGAUUGGAAAGCUCAUUCUAAGGUUUGUGGCACUAGGGAAUACAGAUGUGAUUGUGGCACCCUUUUCUCCAGGAGAGAUAGUUUCAUAACACACAGAGCAUUUUGUGAUGCAUUAGCAGAGGAAACUGCAAGAGCAAUAACUACAAACUCUAUUCUAUCAAACCCAAUAGCAUCUGUGGCAGCUGCUGCUGUUGGACCUUCUUCAACCUCUCACUUCAUCAAUCUUCAGCAACAACAACAACAACAACAGUUGCUCAACAAUCAGCAACAUCAGGAUAAUCCACUUCAUGCAUACCCAUUAAAGAGAGAGCAACACCAGCAACAUCAGCAACAACAGCAAAACAUAAUGAAUCUACCUCCAUGGUUAUCUUGUCCAUCAAUGGAUCCUCAUAAUCAUCAACUUCCUUCUCCGUCGUCGUCGUCAUCGAUCUUCCAUCAUCAAGAUCAGCUGAUGCAACACCAUCAACAACAACAACAAAAUACAAACCCUAGCAACCCUAAUAUGGGUCCCACAUUUUCAUCAGGAGGAGGGAUUGGUGGUGGACCUUAUCAUUCACAAGCAGCAGCAUCAGCUCACAUGUCAGCUACUGCAUUGCUGCAAAAGGCAGCUCAGAUGGGAGCUACCAUGAGCAACACUGCAACUCAGCAACCCCACCAACAACAUCAACAACACCAACAACAACAACACCAUCAACACCAGCAGAGUCACGUGUCUGACACAAAUUCAAAUACAACAACAGCAACAACAACAACAACAACAACAGCAACAACAACAACAGCUGGGUUGUUUGGAAUGAAUUUGUCCUCACGUGACCUUGAGCAGCAACAGCAGGAGAUGAUGCCAACUAGUAAUAGUAGUCAUUUUGUAAAUCAGGGUUUGUCAUCUUUUGGAAAUAAAGCUGCAACAACACCAACAACACCCAAUACUUCCACCAAUCAUCAUCAACAACUUAGAGGCCCAAGCCCAACCCAAAGCCCAAACCAAGGCCCACCACCAUCAUCCUUCUUCCAUGACAUGAUGGUCAAUUCUCUCUCCUCUACCUAUGAUCAACAUGAUCAUCAUCAUGAUGCUUUUGGUAUUGGUAGUAUGGGCAUGUUGGGUAAGAAAGACCCUUCUUCCUUAGCUGCAUUUCAUCAAACUCUUGGCGGCGGCGGCGGCGACGACGGAAAUGGCAAUUGCAAUGGCAAUGUCAAUGGCAGUGUUAUUAAUGGAGGAGGAAAUGAUGGAUUAACAAGGGAUUUUUUAGGAUUAAGACCUCUUUCUCAUAGUGACAUUCUCACCAUUGCUGGACUUGGUAAUUGCAUCACCACAAACACUCCUCAUCAUCAUCAUCAUGAUCAUCAACAAGAUACCCAUAAAUCAUGGCAAGCUUAAUUAGCUAAAACCAAGCUAGCUAGUAAGUUUACUACUAUUAAUUCCUUUCUCUCUCCUCUUUUUUUCUCUCUUGUUGUUACUAGCUUCCCAAAGGGAAAAGGGCUUUUGAUACAUUUCUUACUAUCAAAUACUCUACUACAUUACUAUGCCCUCUUUUUGCCCCUUUUGUUUAAGUAUAAAGUUCAUAUAUAUAAGAAUAUAUUUAUAUUUGUAA